UGUUCAGCCACACAGGAUUUCUGUAAACAAAUACAAUACACAAGUUAGUAGGUAUAUAUUUACUUAGCUGAAUAGCCAACAUGGGAAAGACACAUUUUCUAUUCUUCUUGUUGUAACCUGCAUAACCUGGCAAAGACACUGUAACCACACAUACUUGAGGAAAUUGCCCAGUCUUGAUAUAGGCCUAGCUGAUUCCACUGUAUUUUCAUUUUCAACAGAUUCUAUUUUUUGUAUUAUUGCCUGAUGGACCCGGGUACAAUGUCUUAGUAGUAUAAACAAGAAAAUAUUUAUAUCCCACAUUAGUAUACUUUGUAAUAUACCACUGGGAUUGUUAACCUUGUCUGCUGUUGUAAAGUAUUGAUAGAAAAGAAAAAUGCAAAGACGGAUGCAAGGACAAUUUCAAAAGCUUUGACAAUAAUAUUCUGAACUAUAAUACUAUAAUAUUCUGAAAAUCCGACUCCUAAUCGAUAAAACAUGGAAUAUGAAAUGCGAGACUCCCAAAGAAUGUUCUGCAGUUUCUUUGAUGCACAAAUGGAAAUUUCACUGGAAACUAUGGCUAAUGUUCAAUUGCUGAAUAUCAACUUCUAUAUAGGGACAUUGGAGUAUGUUAUCAUGAGGGACAAAUGUGCAGUAUGGCUCAUGUCAAGUAAUUUAUGCUUACUGGUCAAAAUGUUGAGUAGAACCUCUUCACUCCAUGCUGUGGUUGGUUGUUGGCCUUACAGAGUUGAUAAUAAACUAUUCAAUAAUUACUUUUGAAAUGGUGGUGGACUUCAGGUACAUGUGCUUUCUUGUGAGCUGAAGGGAUGUUACUUUUUCUUCUUUCUUAGUGUGUGUACAUAAAUGUGUCAAUGAUAUUCACAGUCUUUCUGUUCAUUAAAUUUGUAAAAAUACUUGAAUUCAAAUUUAUGCCUUCAGUUGGCAGCAAGAUUAUUCUUAAAAGAGGCAUUACUGUUGAUCUUUUUCUUAAAUAACUAGAAUGGCAUGUUUUGUGUUCUGUCUGUUAAUGUGUUCAAAUAUGCUAGAACAAUAUACAAGCACCAUAAACACGUUCCUUAAAUGUUUUUGCUUCAUUCAUACAUUGAGCGAAGCCUGUGAGGUAGUUUAGGCAGAUAACUUGAAUGUGCUGCUACACUCACACAUUAUAUAGUCUACUUGCUUCUACACUUAUCCAACAUUCUUUUGCUCUGCCACACUUGCUCCUGCAUUGUUCACCUGAAAACUCUCCAGAAUCCACCUGUAGGCUCUGAGUAUAAAGGUUCCCACACAUGAUUACUGGUAAAACUGCUCUUUGUCGGCUGAGCCAUUGUUUUCCUAUGGGGAAAGUGGUGUGCCAAACUAAGCGGAAGCAAUAUCCUUGUUGUGGCACGCCGCUCUAAAUUGCCACUGAAGUUCAAAUUAUUUCAACUUUAACCUUGGUCACCGCUGACCUUUCAAAGAGCAACCAAUGAGAUAACAGCUGUAUGUGACACAUGCAAGCAAGGAAUGUAGAGAGCAAUGGAAGAAAACCCGCACCAUGUUCUGCACCCUACCUUGCAGUGAGCGAAGAGCAAAUUUCUUUUCAUCUGAAGGCCACUUAAGUUCUUGGGUAAGCUAUCUUCAUCACUACUCAAUCGCUGCUGUGCUGAGAUUGGUGUAAACAUGUUUGCUUGUGGGGAGUGACGAGUUUAAAGCCUAGAUGUCAAAUAUUGACUCUAUAAAUGUAAUUUUCAUUCAAAUAAGAAUCCAUCAGUUGGCUGGCAGACAUCGAGCGUUAAACUGAUGUUUUGAUUCUUUGUGAAAUUGGGAGAAUCAACUAAAAGGUUCAAAUAACUCAUGAAGAAGGCUAGUGUUUUAUGUACUUAACAGCAUGUUGCAGAGGUGAUGUUUUCAUCAGUCACACUCUGAUUUCACUCACAAACUGUGCACACAUGCACAUGUACACACAGGCAUUCACACACAGAUUUCCUCUAAUCUCACCAGACAGGAAUGAAGCCAGUGUUAACAGCUUGCAUAAGGGUUACAAUGAAAACAGUGGGGUUCAAACUGUGUAUAGGGGAAAAAAUGUAAUUUGUUUAAGAAGAGUUUUGCAUACAAAGGGAGCCAUUUAGAACCACAUAUACAGUAUUUACAUUUUACAUAAAGAAUGUUUUUUUCUGUUUAGUUACAGUCAAGUUAAUGCAAUUCCCAGACUUGUGUCAUUGGUUGGCUGAAGUUGGCUGUUUCUUCAUUAUUAAAUCAGAAAAUGUUCUUUCAGAGUUGAGUGCCUUCAGAUACCUCUUGUCAUGCAGCCCAUCUAUUGCCUCAGCAGGGGCUCUGCAAAUUAAAAAGUUCCAAAGUUUGCUGCUCGCACUCGUUGGCGGUAGAGGUCUGGAGUGAGUUCCUUAAUUAUAAGAAUUUGGUGUGCCUCUGCAGAUGUCUUAAACUGAAGAAUGUGCACGCAAAAAGGAAUAAAACGUGGCCUGUCUGCAUGCACAUUCACAUGCAUGUAUCCACACGGGCUUACAAAGGCAAGCACACACACUUUAACGCAUGAACAGACUUUCACACUCCAGUACUCCAACUCCUCGUUGGAGUCUUCAGACAUUUUCACAUCUGCUUGAGCUACCCCUAACACACAGCAGGGUAUGGGGUGUCCACGUGGCAAAGCAUUGCACAGCAUGGCUCUACGUAGAUGAAGACAACAUCCCCACCCACGCACACUCUGACACCUGUCCUCCCCACUGACAAGAUGCGAAGAGUGAAGAGAGCUCCAUGAAAGAUUUACUAACCCUCUGAGGUGGUCUCCCUUAGAAGCUGAGUGGAGGCCGGUGGUUAGAGGGGAAAGGGAGGGAGGGAAUUCCAUAGGGAAUCCCUGAGUGUCUGAAGUGUGAUUUUGUAUUCAGAAAAGUGAUUUAGUAUUCCACUGCUCAGCAGCGAUCAGUCUCACAGAGGCUUUCACCAAGCCUCUGUCACACCCUGGAUCCUGUAGUUCCCUAUUGCAUCUCAAUUGAGUUUGAUAGCUAAUGGAAGGAGACACUUGGCUGCUCCUAAACACUGGGCAAUUACAAAUUCCAACUCGACUAAGAGAAAGUUUGUAAAGAUCAUAAUGCAGAGGUUAACAUAAAGUCACGUGGAGGCAUGUGGAUCAGGUCUCUGAAACAUUAAACUGCUGCACAACACGCACACACUUGAAAAGCUAACUUGCUUCCAAACCAGAGUGUGUGAACUGGCACUCAGGACCUUCAUCUCGACCAAGGCUUUCGAUUAUAAUCUCUGCACUGUUUCUCCUACUUUAUUAAUAAAAGUGGUUUAAGUGUGCCUCCACCUUUGAGGAUUUUAGCGCUUCUCUCUCAAGAGCACUGAUGUUUUUCUUGGGUGCAGCUUUAUACUUUUCCUUUGCUCUUUUGGACAAUAGUGAAAAUAGCUCUGAGAGAAAGUUAAGAAUAAAGUAGUGUACACCAGAGUAAAUCUCUGAGUACAUUGAUGCCAUGGGAGAAUACUGCAUAUGUAUACAUAUGUUCUAAUAAGCUCUCCCUUUUGUAAACUCUAAUAACAAUGUGGUUUGUCAGUACUGACCUAAGCUACCACCGAGACUUAAAUACUUGAAAUAAUACUAGACUCACAGUCACCUGUUUGACCGUUUUGUUUAUUUUGGCUGCCCCACACAAAGGACCUGUCCUGCAGUAUUUUAUCUCUUGUAUGGGCUAAAACUACAGCAAUCAAAUUUAAAAUAAUAGCCUGUACUAAGAGGAAAAACAGCUCUCAUGAACUCCUUUGUCAAACCCCUGCAGCACUAAAUCAGUUCCUCAUGCAGUGUCCUUCCUAAACGUGAGUGCAGGAGGAGUCACAUUGCCUUGGCAGUUAGUCCUGCCAGGAAGCAAGACAUCUCAUCUGGCUCUGUCACCAAUAAUAUAAUUAGCUUGGGCUGCCUUGCAACCAUAGCUGCACUACAGAGCCACUUCCCUAUGUCGCAAGGUUAUACGUUGCACCAGAGGGCUUCUGACGUUAUAUAGAAACUUAGAUACACAGAAGUUUCAGCUGAGAAACGCAGCGAAUCACUUACAUUGCUGUGUAUCAGCUUUACAUAGGAUCUUGCGUUGAAAAAUUGGGGAAACUGGCUGCAAAGUUGAAUUACUGAGUCACUCUUGUGUCAUAAACUAUGAUAUUUAUGCAUGAGUUGCAUCUCGGCAUAAAGUUUUGUCGCGCCUCCCGUGUAUGCGCCUAGAAGGCACCUGAGGAAUUUGCGGUGCGGGCCAAGGUGGGACGGUUCUGCCUCGUGAGUACACUGGGUGCGCGCUCAUGUCUCCGUAUCACUGACACUUCAAUUAAUUCUACGGCUCCACGAGACGGACAUGCAUUACUGCACGCGCACGAGCAGCGAAGGAAAGCUCCGAACAUGCACGCCGAUAACCAUCAAAUGACACCAAACACGUGCUGUCAUAUUUAGCUGGUCUGGAUCCAAAAUUAAUUCCGAGCGUAAGCUUUGUCGCGCACCGCAGUGACUUGUUAACAAGCGCAGUUUACAGCCUGCUUGUGCUUGCACCCUGCAGUCAAUCGCUGGGGGACGCACGUUGUAAAAUGAGGUUUGGAAACAUCAUUUUAAUCGUCGCUCUCUGCUCUUUUACCGCUUAUUAUAUAUAUGAGCCUAUUCCCGAGGAGAUAGAAGAGAGAUGGAAACUCAUGCUGACCAACUCUUUCUUCAGAAGUCUCAGCCACCUGGCAGACUUUAGUGAAUUAAUAGGGCUGAAGGACUACAUGGGAGUAAUGUACUUCAUUACUCUGGCUGAGAAGGUAGUGCCUGUGUCUGAUGAGCAUGUCAAGGUGACAGAGGAGAAGUUCGAUGGAGUGGAGGUGGUGGUGUACCAGCCAAAGCAGCGAAGUGGUGACACAGAGCUCAGGAGAGCUGUCAUCUACCUGCACGGUGGAGGAUGGUGUCUGGGGAGUUCCAGAAUGAGCCCAUAUGAUCUCCUGGCCAGAAAAAUGGUCACCGAUCUAAACGCAGUGGUUCUUUCUGUAGAGUACCGCCUUGCCCCUGCUCACCAUUUCCCUGUCCCAUAUGAGGACGUGUAUUGUGUGGUCAAACACUUCCUCCAGAAGGGGGUGCUGGCCCGGUACUCUGUGGACCCAGGACGCAUUGCUGUGUCUGGGGACAGUGCUGGGGGAAACCUAGCAGCUGCAGUCUCUCAGCAGUUACAGAAAGACCCUGGACAACAGGUUCAAUUGAAGGCCCAAGCACUCCUCUAUCCAGUGCUGCAGGCUCUAGACCUCAACACACCCUCCUAUCAGCAGAAUCAGGACAUGCCCAUUUUGCCCCGCACCCUCAUGGUACGCUUCUGGAGUGAGUACUUCACCAGCGACAAGGCCCUUUUCAGAGCCAUGAUGGCCAACACCCACAACAACCCUGAGUCUUCCAGCCUUCUGAAGUUUGUGAACUGGAGCGCCUUCCUGCCAGAAACAUACCAUAGAAAAUACAACUAUAGUGCUCCUGCUGUGGUGCAGGGAGUUGGAGGGCAGGCGGUUGGGAUUGAUGGACCAUCUCAAUCUUUUGCUGACCCCAGGGCAUCACCCCUGCUGGUUCCAGACACGGCCUUACGCUCCCUGCCCAAGGCCUACAUUCUGACAAGUGAGUAUGACGUUCUCAGAGAUGAUGGGAUCAUGUAUGUCACACGGCUCCGCGCGGCUGGUGUUGAGGUCACACAUGAACACUAUGACACAGGAUUUCAUGGAGCACUGAUGUUCACCGUGUGGCCAACUGACUUCCUGAUCGCACGCCGUAUGACAGACAACUAUGUCAAAUGGCUGAAGGAAAACUUGUAAAAAAAAAAAAAAAAAAAAAACUCUUGACUAUCAAUAUUCAUUCCUUUUUUUUUUUCCCACACAAUGCACCAGUGUUUGGUUAGGAGCAAAUCUUUCCCAUUUGGUGUUCAACUUUUUGUUGUUUAUUUCAUUUUUGUUGGUCAUGCUACUUUUCUGUAAAUAUAUUAAGAAAUAUAUUAACUUAUACUAUUUUUCCACUCAUGCAUCUUACUACAUUAGGUACCAAUAGGGAAUAAGAAUUUGAAAGAUUAGUUCAGAUCUUUUCACAUAAGGUUGUGUGAGUCCAACAUAACACAUGUGACACCAUUGCUCAAUUACAACAUAGUGUUUAUUCUCCAACAAACACAAAACUACUAAGAGGUCUGAGGGGAAAAUCAAACUGUGGAAUAUCUCAAAGUUUGUUGUGUUUUGGAUGGCUGAACAUUUUUUGUGCAUUGUUUUGUGGUUGUGUGUUUUUUUUCUUUUCUUUUAGCUGGCUAGCUGGCCCUGUGUGGUGCUGCUCACUCUUGUUUUCCACUGCAGGAGCUGCUACUUGAUCUUAUGUCCAUUGCAUCAGUAUCACUAGUUAGUAAUGCAUACCAAUAAAAGAGUCUGAGCUAUCCCAUUA